AUGGCGACUCAAGGCGCAGCGCGAGAGGUAGAGAUGACACAGGAGGAAGUUGACGGUGAAAUCCACAGAAUCUUUGACGGUGAGUCUGAUGAGUCUGAGUUCGAAGGCUUCGAUGUCGGCAGUAGCGAAGAUGACGAUAGCGACCUUCAAGGAAGCGACGAAGACGACGAAGAACAACCGCGAGUGUGGAACUGGCGGACCGUCACGGCUGACAACGACACCGCGGAUGCGAGUGCAUGGCUGCCGGGAGUAACUCGCCAACGUGGGCCAACGGCACAGGCCGAUGAAAACAUCUCGCCGGCAGACUGUUUCGCUAUGAUGUUCACGGAUGAAGUCGUGGACAUAGCCGUCACGCAAACAAAUCUGUAUGCGCAGCGAAAACUGGAAGCCCUCGGCGCUCACUUUCCAAGCUCCCGGAUGCGCAAGUGGCAUGACAUCUCGUCACGCGAGAUGAAAGUGUUUUUCGUACUCUUGCUCGCCAUGAGCAUCGUGGAGCAACCAGCGCUGGCAGACCAUUGGACGACGGACUGGCUCUACCAGACACCCGGCUUUGCCAAGGUUAUGUCCAGGAAUCGUUUCCAACUGAUCCUGUCGUGCCUUCAUUUCGUGGAUAACACAACCAUCGAGUAUGACGAGCACGGCAGGUAUCGAGACCCUCUCGCCAAGAUUCGUAAAUUCCUGGACAUAAUCGUCAAGCGCUUCAGACUGUCCUACUACCCUAAGAAGGAUGUGUCUGUGGAUGAGCAAAUGAUUGCGUACAAGGGUCGCCUAUCAUUCAAACAAUAUAUGCCGGCCAAACCGACCAAGUGGGGCGUGAAAGCAUUCGUCCUUGCGGAGCCGGGUACGGGAUACAUAUACGAGUGGACUCUGUACACCGGCAAGGAUAUGGCCGAGGGCCGAGACGUAGCCAUGGCCGACACAUCGAAGGGCAGUCAGAUAGUGGCGAAAUUGGUUCGACACCUCGGCCAAGGGCACGUAGUGUACAUGGACAAUUAUUAUUCGUCACCUACCUUAUUUCAGUGGCUGUCGUCGCGCCGUGGAAUGGGAGCUGUCGGCACAGUGAGAGUCAAUCGGAAAGGGCUUCCACCAGCAUGUAAGGACAAGAAAAAGAAGGGCACGCCGCCGAGAUUCUGGAGAGAUGAAACAGUUCUCACAUGCUCCUGGCCGGACAAGAAGCAAGUGACAGUUCUCUCGACGAUUCACUCUUGUGAAGUUGUCGAUGUAGAUAUUCGCGACCGGCGUGCGCCUCAAGGAGUUCGGUCCGUGAAAAAGCCAUCAUGCAUCGCCAGCUACAACAGUUUGAUGGGCGGCGUGGACGAGGCGGAUCAGAUGCUGAGCUACUACGCAUUCCCGCAUCGUCACCGCCGUUGGUACCUGAUCCUUUUCCAUCAGCUGCUGGAAAUUUCGGUGCACAACGCGAAAAUAAUCUACAACGCAAUGACAGGCAAAAACCUUGACGGAAAGGAAUUCCACAAGGCGCUCAUCGCUUCCCUGUUCACUGAAACACAGUGGCCGAUUGGUGAACCACGUCGCAGAUCUGUACCAGCAACUACUGACGAUGUGGACACAGCUCGGCUAACUGAGCGACACUUUUGUACGCAGCUAGCUGUUGAAGGGAAGCGAGACUGCGUUGUGUGCAGCAGACGACCGGACCACCGGAAGCAAACUAGCUGGCAGUGCGUGCAGUGCGUACGCAUGAUGUGUCCCGGUGAAUGCUUCCAGCGCUUUCACACCCUGCACGACUACAGAGUACGGUACGCGGACUAG